UUUGAGGGGUUAAUAAGGACCCUGUUGAGUACUCAUUUCCGCAGAGAUCACUUUGUUACUAAUUUUUUCUACCUUAACCACCUAUUUUGACUAGCCUAAAUUUAACGUAAGAAUUUUCAAUAGUUUGCUCUAGAAAUAAACGUGCACCCACACCCGCAGACGAUUCCAUUAGCACUUAGACUCCCACUGCCACUCCGUACUUCGGAUAGGAGCAAGGAGAAAGAUACGACGGAUGACAAAUAGGGUGAGAUACAUCACGGAAACUUGAAUUCUAUAUGCCUUAAAUGCUGGGAACGCAAUGUAUUUAAAAACAACGAUUUCUGUAAAAACUGGAACGAUAUCUAAACUUGCAGCGUUUCUAAAAUAAUGAUCUACAUAUAGCUUUGGAAAAAAAACAUUCGAAAACAAAUGUUAACUUAUGAAGAGAAAAUGCCGGCCACCUUUAGCUAUUACCUACACCUUUGGUCAUGCCAUCCAAUGUUAUUUAGUUUGGUUAAUUAGACAAGCCUUCAAUUAGUGGCACAUUAUCUGUCACGUAAGGGAACUUUUAAUUGGGUACCUACAUAGAGAAUGUGGAUAAACUAAAUUACCUACAUUUUUGUGUUUAGAAAAUUGAAUCUAUUACUUUUAUCAUUGUUAUUAUUUUCAACUGGUGCGAUAUGGUGUAAAACGUAAGUAAUUAUGCAUAAACUUUGGAUUGUAAAAUAUAUAGGUACCUAGGUUAAUUUUUUUUGCUAAUUUAUAAUUAUUAUUAAUUAAGCCCAGUUCACAUGCGAAUUAGAGCGUGAACUAUAUGUGUCACUUUCUUUUACUAUCGUUAUUAAUUAUCAGUUGAAAUACCUAAUUGAAUUUUCUUUAAGUGAAAGGUGAUAAGCCAUACAUUAAAAGUAUAUAGACAACUUACACGUACUUAUAGUAUAACCUAAUCCCAACCCCUCUUCUCUAAUUAUGAAAUUAAUUAGAGAAAUUAUUCUACAAGUAAGCUAAUAAAAUAAAUCACACAUACAAAGAGGGUACUUAAAAUCCAUCCAAUCCAUUGACUAUAAACUCUGCAAUAUUUAAUGGUACCUCAUGAUUCUACCAAAUACAUGAUAUGAAUGGUAAAUAGGGAUAAAUCUCUAUGAGCUCGUAUAGAAGAAAAUAUAUACCCUUUCUGCAAUUUUAAUUAGCACAAAAAACGCUUUUCUUGUAAUUAAAGGUCUGUAGCCCAACCUUCCCUUUUUCAAGAAAAAGUUUCACUUUCUGAACCAAAAUUCUCAGUUUACCCAGAAGAUUUGGUUUCUAAAUUUAGCACAAAUUAGCAGAAGCAUAAAGUGUGUCAACUUGCUCUAAUAUUUGUUUAAAUAAAAUUGUGAAAUGAAAAUUGUUUAAAUUAUCAUUUAAACAUUGAUAUCACGAACGAAGAUUAUUGAAACUAAUUUUUGUAUUAAACCUUAUUAAGUAAUGGAGGUACACAUUUCCCAUAACAAUUGUUACGUGAACGUUAAUUGUUGCUGCUUUGUAAUAAACAAUCGGUUUUGAUAUUUGGAUAAACACACAAGGUUACCAAUUUAUACAAAACCUGUAAGUCAACAUUUAAACGUUUUAUUUAAUGGCAGAACGCAAACCGCCUCGUAUGAAUACUAUGUACUGACCCAUAAUAACAACACGCGGCGUUCUCCACACUCGCAUGCUACGUGUUUGCGCAAAAUACAUGCCAAAAUAAUAAGCGAAAAUAAUUAUGCAUUCCUGCAAUUAGUAUUUCCCACUUAUCGUUUUUAUUGUGCAGUGAAACUAGAAAAAAUGAAAAUUUUUCCUGUGUUGGAUAACAUCCGGUAUAUGCAAUAUUGUGCUACAGUUGCAGCAACCCUUUCCAUGGCAAGUUCGUCAUCUCAUUUGGCUUGGUCAUCACCAUCUCUUCCGAAAAUUACAUCGGAAAACUCUCCGAUUGGUGUGACGAUAACGAAAGACGAAGGGUCAUGGGUGGCAUCCAGUUUUUGGCUAGGUUCCAUUCCGGGCUGCGUUUUUGCCGGAUGGGCCGUCGAAAGAUUUGGACCACGCAGGUCGCUCCUCUUCAGCUUCUUUCCGUUAUUUAUACCGUGGAUUGCAGUUACCUUCGCAAAAUCUAGCAUCACCCUCUGUAUCGCUCGAUUCGUAGCGGGAACAAGUUUUUCUAUAAUCACAACGAGUGGCGCGAUUUAUGUGGGCGAAAUAUCGGAAAAAGACAUUAGAGGGAAGUUGUGCACGACAUUCAAUAUAAUGAAGCUUUCUGGAAGUUUAUUUGUUUUAAGCAUCGGACCAUUUGUAUCAUACACCGUAUUAGCGAUAAGCUCUAGUGUUCUUUCUGUGAUAUUUGUGUUAGUAUUUUAUUUUAUGCCAGAAUCGCCACAUUAUUGUAUUAAAGUAGGGCGCCGAGAAGAAGCUCUGCGGAAUCUUACUCGACUCUCUUGCAAUAACAGAACUAAAAGUGAUAUUGACGAACAAUUGAAAGAUAUUGAAAUGACCGUCAGUUACGCCAUGCAAAACAAAUCCACAUUGUGGGAGUUGCUGUCCAAGGAGGAGUACAGAAGAUCAGUGAUUGUGAUCACGGGUAUCAAGAUGAUUCAGCAACUGACUGGGUAUUCGGGUAUUGAGGCUUACAUGCAAACUAUAAUACAGAGUAGUGGCAGCAGUAUCAGUCCUGAAAUUUCUAGUAUAAUUUGUGGUGUUGUGCAGUUACCAGCAGCACUAUUCGCUGCAGUGGUAGUAGAUAAAUUGGGACGAAAGCCUCUAAUGAUAAUUUCAUGCUCCGGCUGCGGAAUUGCACUAGUAGGAGAAAUGGUUUACUUUUACCUGCAAGACGUUGCCAAAGAUAAUGUCGACAGCAUAGCAUGGUUACCAACAACUGGACUAAUGUUGUACCUAAUAAUGAACCCCAUUGGGAUCUUUACAUUGCCGUACGUGCUACUUGGGGAAUUAUUUGCCACGAACAUAAAAUCAGUUGCACUAUCCGCGUCUACACUAUUUGGUGUAACUUUGGGUUUCUUGGUAACCAAAUUUUUCGAACCAACUGCGACCGCCUUAGGUCUGCAUACGGUUUUCGGACUAUUCGCCGGCGCGUGUGUGCUGGGAGCUUUAUUCGCUUACUUUGUUCAACCGGAAACGAAAGGAAAAACUUUUCAAGAAAUCCAAGUUAAACUCAACAGGGGAAAGGAUACAGAAAACAACAUUGAGCGAUAUGCAAUUACCCAUAUGUAAAUAUUUUACGCUAUUAGACUGGCAUUUAUCCAACAACAAAUGGAUAAUUAAUUAAUCACGAGAUACAAUUAUUUUUUAUGAUUGUGGUUGCUCCCACAAAUUAAACACUUACAAGUAAAUUACCCAUUUAUUUUAAUUGGGCUGAUAACAGUGCAUAACACGGCUUGUUGAAAUGAUCCGAAAACAGUAUGUGAACAAGAAUGCCUUUACGUCGUAGAUACAUUCUAUUAGAGAAUAGAAUCCAGAAAGACCGUGCAAAUAAACAAAUUCAUAAUUGUCAAAUUAAUAGGUAUUGUAUUUGGGAUAGUGUCAAAAAUAGUGAAAUUUUGGUUUGCGAAAUGCAUACACCCUGUAACAAUUGCUAGAUUUCAUAAAUUUUCUAAAUAUUGAACCAAAAAUUUCUCCAUUUUUAUGUCAUCAACUAAAUUAGUACUAUAUAGAAAACGAAGCUUUUGCCCUGGCAAUUUUUUCAAAAUGGAACUUGAAAUACUGACAAUAGGUAAGGAACAGCCUAAGGAUCAUAUCAUGCGGAAGGGCGCUUUCGACCUGGGGGUGGUUUUUAUUGUAAUUUUAACACAGGAAUACAUAGAAAAAUUGAUUCUAAGCAAAAAGUGUUCUAUACCUACAUUCUUUUGGAAAGUUAAUACUUCUCCAGUUAUUCGCGACCGAAGGUACGAGCUUUUGAUAGAAAAUGACAAUGUUUUUAAUUGGUUAUUCGCGAAAAACUCGGAAAAGUAUACAUUUUACAAAAAAAAACUGUGAAGAACAAAAUCGUAACUUUUAAAAAAAUAAAGAAAAUGUUGUUUUAAUAAUUGCUGUAUGACCAUAAUACGAACCGAGGUUAGCUCUUCUUCAAACGCUAGGUAAAUUAGAGAGUUUAACAGUCAAAACUAUGCAUUUUUCGAGAAAAACUUGUAGAAUAUUUUUUUUAGUAUUUAAAAAACCUUUCUUCUUUUUUUAAAAACAGGCUUUAGCAUAAAAGGUGAAAAUAAGGUAGAUCCGUAUUUUUUUCACCGAAAAAAUCUAAUUACCACCCUAAUUAAAAUUAGUCCUUCCCCUUUCCCAGUUUUCUUUAAUUACGUAUUAUUAAUACAUUCUAGAAGUGUGACCAGUUUAGAAGACUUAAUUUUGAAAUAAUUGAAGCUAAAAGUGAAUAACGAAUUUAUGCAAUUUUGUGAAAAAGAGAUACGUAAAAAAUGCUAUAAUAAUAAUAAUAAUAAGU